GAUCUUAUAAAACAAGUGAUUAAAAAAGCCAUUCCAAUUUUUGAACAAAUGCACCCUAGUAAAACCAUACUUUUUAUGUUUGAUAACAGCUGCUCUCAUAAUGCAUAUGCUAAUAAUGCCUUAGUUAUUUCACAAAUGAAUUUAAAAGAUAGAGGCAAGCAAUCUCUAUUUAGAGAUAGAAAAAUACCUGAUGACUCUGUUUAUAUAAUGACAUUUGUAGAUAAAAAUAGUAUAAAAAAACCAAAAAGGAAUUCAACAUAUUUUUGA